AAGAAAAGCGUUUCUUACAAAAAAUUAAUUUUUUUGUUAAUAUUAAUUUAUUCGUGUAAAUUUUAUAUUGUUUAUUCAAUGGUUGAACAUUGUUUUACAAACUAAGUUUUUGAAUGUAAUUUUUUAAUACAGAAGCAUGAACGCAGGAGAAAUAUCUGUAGAAUGUCACAUACAAAUAGAAGAUUCUGCUGGAAAUGGAGCAAGUGUUGGUGUAACAGAUCAAAGUUCCAAUUCUUCUAAACGGCCUUUAAAAAAGUCUGCAAAAGAUUUUCGCUUUGGGAAGCUUAUUGGUGAAGGUUCUUUUUCAAUGGUAUAUUUAGCAAAAGAUAUUCAUUCAAAUAAGGAAUAUGCUAUUAAAGUGUGUGAAAAGCGACACAUACUACGUGAGAAAAAGCAGAAAGCUGUGAUGAGAGAAAAACAAAUAAUGAACAUUCUCAACAAUCAUCCUAGCCCAUUUUUUAUUAAAUUGCAUUGUACUUUUCAAGACACUGAUAGGUUAUAUUUUGUAAUGAAUUAUGCAAAACAUGGAGAACUUCUGCCUUAUAUAGUGAAGGUUGGAUCCUUUGAUGAAGAAUGCACACGAUUUUACACUGGCGAAAUCCUUCUGGCUAUUGAGCAUUUGCAUAGGUUAAAUAUAAUUCACAGGGAUUUAAAGCCAGAAAAUAUUUUAUUAGAUGAACAUAUGCAUAUUCAAAUUACCGAUUUUGGAUCGGCAAAGGUCAUAAAUAUUGAAAACAAUGACGCGUUAUCUAGUGAAUCUAGUCGAAAAAACUCAUUUGUUGGAACUGCACAAUAUGUUUCUCCUGAAAUGUUAAGUGAUAAGAGUGCAUAUCCAAGUGUGGAUUUAUGGGCCUUGGGUUGCAUAAUUUAUCAAAUGGUUUCUGGUCUUCCUCCAUUUAGAGCCUCGAAUGAGUAUCUUAUGUUUCAAAAGAUAACAAAGUUAGAGUAUGAUUUUCCUGAUGGAUUUUCAGAAUUAGCAAAAGAUCUUGUUCAACAGUUAUUGGUUUUAGAACCAUCACAGCGUUUAGGUGCAAAUGACACAAAUGGUUAUCCUUCAAUACGAAAUCACCAUUUUUUAAGUAGCUUACCUUGGGACACAUUGCAUGAAUGCACACCUCCUAGAAUACUACCAUAUUUGCCUGGUACAUCUAGCAAUGAAGAAUUAAGAAGUCAAUAUCAGGUUCCUGACCAUUUAGAGCCUGGCUUAGAUGAUAAGCAAAUGACACGAUUGUUGGGCCUAGCUCUUCAAGAAGAUGAAGAGGAAAUAAUUUCCAAACCAAUGAAAAGGACUUCCAUUGUAGAUAUUCCUUCUGAUGAAAUGGGGCAAAGAUUAGAGCAACAAGCUAAAACUAAUAGUUGGCAUAAAUUUGUUCAAGGAAAUCUUAUUUUGAAACAAGGUCUAGUUGACAAAAGGAAGGGUUUGUUUGCUCGUCGAAGGAUGCUUCUAUUAACUACUGGACCCCAUUUGUUUUAUGUGGAUCCACAAAAUUUAGUACUUAAAGGUGAAAUACCCUGGUCCCCUGAAUUGCGGGCUGAACCAAAGAAUUUUAAGAUAUUUUUUGUUCAUACUCCAAAUCGUACAUAUUACUUGGAAGAUCCUGAAGGAAAUGCUUUGAAAUGGUGUCGAACUAUUGAAGAAGUUCGUAAAGCAACUUAUUCGCAUAGCUCCUAACCCUAGAUUUAAAUUAGCACAAUUAUUAAAUUUACAAAUAAUUCUCUCAGAAUCUUUGUACAGUAAUAAGGAACAAUAAUAUUUGAUUUUCCAAGCCUUUUACUGAAAUUCAUUUUCAGUUAUAUGGAGAAAAAACUCUGCUGGUGGUUAUUAUAUAUGUAUGUUAUCCUUUUAUUUAUUUCCUAAAAUGUGUAAAUUUUAGUUGAAUUAAAAAUGAUUUGUAAAUUUUGUAUGGAUUCUUCCACUGCAAUAAAUUUUAACAAGAAUCUUCAGACUUAUCAAUCACUUAGUUUAAUGAUUAUUAUUAGAAUAUUGAUUUAAUUUCUAUUCUCUUAAGUGUAAGCUAGAAUCUUAAUUUUGUCAUGUGCCUUUUUAUUUUCAUUCUUUCAUUUUUUAUUAACUUAAAUUUAAUUCUAUGCCAAUACUAAUAGUUUCGACAUGGGAAAACAGAUUAAAUGUGUAGAAUCUGGAAAGUUCAUUAAAAUUUCAAGCUAUGCUGUGUUUCAAAUAUAUUUGAAGAUUAUAAUAAUUGCAUGUACAAAUCUUUGAAUUGCUUAAAACAUUCAGAUCUUAGCGUUUCCUUAAACUAGUACAAUAAAAUUGCUGACAAAAAUCAGUAAUACAGUUGAACCUGUCUGUCUCGAAUGUCGAGAGUUCAGAAAAAAAAUUGAGAAAGACAGGUUUUGAGAUAUGGAGGUUUUGAUUUUUACAUUUAAAUCUAACAACUAUGAGUUGUUCAAGCAAUGCAUGCACUGUCAGUAAACUAAAUACAGGGGUGAUUGUGUUCCGAUAUUUUACCGAAU